UGCACUCUGCUCCAGUUGGUUUUCUCUCACAGUCGUACACCUGAGGAGAGCCUUCUCUGGACUGCCGGUUCAUACUGUUGUUUUUGACUCCACGUCCAUUUUGAUUUGUCAAGAGUUUAUCCACACUGCUCUAAGGAUGCCAGUGGAUGUCAUUCUCACUCUGGAGAUCAUGCUGUGUGCCUUGGGCUUUGGCCUCUGCAUCAUAUUGUGCAAAGCCGUCUGCAAGGCGUGCUGUCUCUCCAGAGAGGAGCAGAUAGAAAGGGAGGCACAGAGACGCAAUGAACAGGAUGGGCACCCUCAUUCAAUAUAUUUCAUCCCCUUCCCUGGAAACAUAUCACGGCAGAAUAGUGAAGACCAUCUCAGUGUGCCUCGAUACAGCCAGGAGGUCCACUCACCACCACAAUAUAACACUGCUGCCUGCUGUGGACCCCCACCUUCCUAUGAUGAGCUGGGAUUUAAGCCUGAGGAUCUUCCCCCCACUUACUCAGAAUAUAACGUUCCUGUCUAUCCCAUCACACCCCCACCUUACAGUGACAUGGGUCAACCACAACCACAGUCGAGCCUAUGAACAAGGAACAUCACACUGCGUGGACAUUAUGGACAGUUUUGAGUGCAUUGCCUCAUGGACUUGGUGCCACCAUGUGGUCAUUUCUGAAGCACUUUGUGUUCAUG